CGUUUGUUUCGUUUCGUUUCGUUCUGUUCUGAUUCGUUUGGUCUUGUAUCGUCCUUCGAUUCUGGGAGAGGCGCACAUAAACACAAGUACACAGUACACACCAUCGAACUAAACAUGCUCAAGAUGGCCUCGCGAACCACCGUUCUCUCAUUGGGUGUCCUCCUUCUCUCAGCGCACACCGCAAGAGCAGCGACACAUGCGGAGGAUGUCACCUUCCUGGCGUACGAAGAGAGCUAUGGCUACCAGACCGAGACUGCACCUUCACCCUCACCGGAACCAGCAACAACACUAAACGGUGGCUACGGGUACGGGCAAGAAGUCUCCACCUCAGCAGACUCUACAGCCACACUCCCGCCGAUAACAACACCCACACCGUACGCACCGUCCUCCUCACCAACCUGCUCGAACAGCACCACAACAGUCACAAUCCCCUGGUCGACUUCCACACCCUCAACCUUGCACACCUGCCACAACACAACGGUAACAUCCACAAUCUACCCCUCAAUUUCUUCACCGAGCGCCUCGCCCUCCCGCAACUGCUCCAAGACUACCACAACAGUCACAAUCCCCUGGCCCGGCACCGGCACCGGGUACCUCCCCAGCGGCACGGGCUACGCUGGGGGCAAUGGCGGAUGGAAUGGCACAACUACGUACUUCGCGCCCACGCAGGGCACGAAUCCGCCGCCUUCCCCAACGCCCGAGCCGCCAGUGAAUUCAACGUCCAACUUUGAGCUACCGGAGACAUCGUCUGAGCUCGUCCAGUCGAGCAGCGCGGUCGAGUACGGAGGGGAUACGCCGACGCCUACACCCACUCCGGAGCCAGCGCCACAGCCGGAACCGCAACCGAGUGGGAACACACCGCCUGCGCCGCCGGCGAGUUCGACGGGGCCUGAAGAGCCGCUGUUUACGGGCGGGGCGGCGAGGGCUGGAAGUGGAGUGGCUCUUGCGGUGGCUGUGGGAGCGCUAGUGGCGUGGCUGUAAGAUCUGGCUGGGGAGAGCAGCUUUCUUUUGUUCCUUGCAUCGGCGGCGUUUAGCAUAUACCCUUCUUCUUAGCAUUGGUGGCGGAUUAGCAUAGAUUUGCAAGAGCGAGGUCGGGUGUUGUUUUGAUAAGAUUCAGGAGACGAUUGAGCCAACCCAAGGAGGUGGACUGUUCAUCAGUAGAUAUCAGUCAAUCGAAAGAAUACAUGCAA